CACGCACCGUUGCCAAACAAUGGGCAGGAAAAAGCCACGUUGACGAAGUCGACAGAAGUGUGCGUUAUUUUUCAGCCAGGAAACUGAAGGAUUGGUUUUACUUUGAAGACAACGAAGCAACUCUUUGGAAGAAGCGCUUGACAGCAGCCAUGUCAUCGCCACCCAAAGAGAAAAUCGAGACCAAAGCUGGACAUCUUCCUGCUGUGAAAGCAGGAGGCAUGCGGAUAGUUCAGAAGCACCAGUCUGCAAAUGAUGUGCCAGAAAAGAAGAAUGACAAAGACAGUGAAGAAUAUGAGACUGAGAUCCCUCCGAAGUUACCUGUUGUGGUCUCGGGAGUUGUCACAAAGGGGGAUAAAGACUUCACCCCUGCUGCUGCCCAGGUGGCCCAUCAGAAACCUGUGCCUGCGGUACAGAAGCUGCCCUCAGCCCACCACAUCAACCAGCACAUCCACCAGCCCCGGAAGUGAGCCUUACACAACUCUAGACCACCCCGGCCCCCCGCACAGGGCCAGGACCACACCACCCCAAACACCUGCUCAGGUUGCCAGGGAUCUCUUGCCAUAAAGCAUUCCGCACGCCCCCUCCCCCUUCCGUCUGUGCCUGCAAGUGUCCUGUUUCCAACAGUAUCAUGACACGCGUUCCUUUUCCUGUUUCUUAGCUGUAGAUCAUUGCAACACUAAAAUUGAAAGCUCCAUUGCAAAUCAAUAAUCAGAAACAUGUUAAUUAUGUGGGGCCACUUCAUGAGGGAUGCUUGGAGCUGUUUUAUUUAGUUUUAAUUUUGUCUUACAUAAAUAGUUCCAGAGAGAUGUAAAUUGUAUGAAUCUUUUUUUUUUUUUUUUUUUUGAAGUCGGUAAAUGUUGUAUAUUAGGCAUUAGAUACUAGGUGUGGCUAUCUGAAUAAAGAGUUAAUAUAAAACCA